AUGGCGCAGAAGCGGACCCUGGACGCGUUUCUCGCGGCGCCCCCGAAACGCCGCAAGGCGAAUGAGCCAGAUGACGACACCGGCCGCUCGGAGCACCCAUCGUAUCCCUUCCCGAUGGCCAAUUUGCCGGCCCCGAUGGCGCGUGACGUGUCGUCCCUCCCAGCCCGCCCGGGCAAGGGCAUCAACGACCGGCCAGACCUGGAUCUGCUCCAUUUCCAGCCCUACAUCCCGACGUACAUGGCCAACGAGAUGUUCGACUUCCUGCGGUCAGAACUGCCAUUUUACAGGGUCGAAUACGAAGCCAAGCGCGGCGGGUUGAAAACACACAUUACUACGCCGCGGUGGACAACAGUGUUCGGGCUAGACGACACAUCGUACUUUGACGCCCGCGGCUCCGUCACGGACAAGUUGUCCACCGUCAAGGCCAACGACAGGCGGUACGACCGGUACCCUCCGCGUCCCAUUCCGCAGUGUCUGGAUACCCUCCGCAAAUCAACUGAAGCAGCAACGGGUUGCAAGUUCAACUUUUGUCUGGUGAAUUACUACGCUUCCGGCGCAGACAGUAUAUCCUUCCACAGCGACGACGAGAGAUUUCUCGGUGCGGAGCCGGCGAUUGCGUCGUUUUCGCUCGGUGCCCGGCGCGACUUUUUAAUGAAGCGCAGACCUCCUCGGCCUGGCGAGUCGGCCGUGGCAAAGCACGCCAAGGGGGUGAAGUUGACACUGGGCAGUGGUGACAUGAUUCUCAUGAGGGGGGCGACGCAGGCGAAUUGGCUUCACUCGAUUCCGAAGCGCACGGGUAAAAACCAGCAAGAUGGGGGACGGAUAAACAUCACGUUCCGCAAGGCCAUGAUCAAGGACGGAACGGAGAAUUAUUACAACUACAACGUCGGAAGCGGUCCUGUGUACCGGUGGGAUCAGACAAGCCGGCAGAUGGUCUUGUGGGAAAAGGGCUAG